UUAGAAACCGCACGACCAUCCAACACGCAGCAGCCGCUACAAGUCAACUUGAGAAGUCCAUCAUCAUAUAAGGUUGUAAGAUUUGCGGAGUGCAGUGCUGCGUGCAGUCGUAGGCCCUCCGUAGCUAAUAUUCGCGCCUGUGAUAUUCAAAGUUCCGGCCAUUUCCAGUGUACCUAAGCCACAAUGCCCCUCCAACGCCCCCACUAUUGGAGCGAAGACAGCCCCGUCACUACCAACCAAACGUACGGAUGGCAUCUCCACGAGUAUCCCGAGCCCGUUGGUUACUCAGCUAAGGGAAAAUACAUGGUCAUAAAUAAACCAAUGCCGGACCUGACGUACAGAAAAGUAGUGGUUAAAAGGAGCAAAAAACAGAGCAGCGAUCGCCUCAUUCUCCCUCCCGCCGUCGGCGCCCGUGGGGACGCCAGAAAACCCCUUAACGAUAGUACUUACUGGUCUUCAUCCCCACCGUACUUCGACGGGGCGAACCCUAGGAAAGGAUUGGACAUGUUCGCUACAUCGCAACGCAAGGCACCAAGCAGCGAUUACUUUAGCGACCAAGCGAGAAAACUUUUAUACGAAAGCCUAGACUACGGCUACGGCAAACUGAUCGCGGAACAAAAGGCUAGGAGAUCACAGAGUGCCUCACAACUGGCCGCCAUGAGGGAAGAAGAAAAGAAAGAGUCUAAAGUUCGACCAAAAACAGGGAUCCCCUUUAUUCCGGCUGAUGAUAUUGGACUGGAAGUCAAACCCCUAUAUCUGUGGCACACUAAUUCUGGCUACCUUGUUCGCGUUGUACCGUAAAAGACGACUGUCACAUAUGCUGUCAGUGACUUGAGACGAAAAGAAAAAAAUCUGGGUUCAAAAAGGCGUGGAAAGUAAUGGCUUAUUUAUUAUCUGGGUUCUUUUUUUAUAGGGGACUUAUUUAAGACAUUAAUGAUAGAAGUGGAUGCGGUGUGUGGACCGUUUUGUGUAAGAUGAAAAUUGAUUUGUCAUUUUGGUAAGAUGGAUAUUAUACACUUAAACUCUGUAAUUCACUCCUAAAAUCAAACAGAAACAGAAAAAAAAAUUCUCUUAUUAAUUA